UCGACGCGAUGCUGCAAAGCAGGCUGGGUAGCGUUCUUUAGUUACCGUUGCUAUGAAGGGCCUAGCGCCCCCUCGCCGAUCUCCAGCCCGGAGAAAGUUUAGUUUACGGAGAUGGUGAAGCAAACGAUUCAGAUCUAUGCCCGGGUGAAACCACUGGGCAGGAGGCAGCCUCCGGGGAUAUGUUCCGUUGAUGAAGAUGAGACAUCAGCGUUCACUUUGGAGAUUAUUGUACCACAUGAUUUGGCAGAUGGAUUUGUAAAUAACAAACGAGAAAGCUACAAGUUUAAAUUUCAGAAAGUUUUUGAUCAGGAGGCAAAACAAGAUGAAAUUUUUGAGACCAUUGCCAAGCCAGUUGCAGAAUGUGCUCUAGCUGGCUAUAAUGGUACCAUAUUUGCUUAUGGACAGACAGGCAGCGGUAAGACAUUUACCAUCACUGGGGGUGCAGAACGUUACAGUGAUCGAGGCAUCAUUCCACGGACACUGUCUUACAUUUUUCAGCAGUUGCAAAAGGACAGCAGCAAGGUGUACACAACACACAUUUCCUACUUAGAAAUUUACAACGAGUGUGGAUAUGAUCUGCUGGACCCAAGGCAUGAAGCUUCCAGACUAGAAGAUUUGCCAAAGGUGACCAUAAUGGAAGAUCCUGAUCAGAACAUUCAUCUGAAACAUCUCUCUUUGCAGCAAGCAAAUAAUGAAGAGGAAGCACUAAACCUCCUUUUCUUGGGAGAUACUAACAGGAUGAUUGCAGAGACUCCAAUGAACCAAGCCUCAACACGUUCACACUGUAUUUUCACCAUUCAUAUCUCAAGCAAAGAGCCAGGAUCUGCAACUAUUCGACGCUCCAAACUACAUUUAGUGGAUCUGGCUGGUUCAGAGCGUGUUGCUAAGACUGGAGUUGGAGGCCAGCUGCUGACAGAGGCCAAAUAUAUCAAUCUGUCAUUACAUUACUUGGAACAGGUAAUCAUUGCCCUUUCAGAGAAAAACAGGUCUCAUAUCCCCUACAGGAAUUCUAUGAUGACCUCAGUGCUACGAGACAGCCUAGGAGGGAAUUGCAUGACUACGAUGAUUGCAACGCUCUCAAUAGAAAAAAGGAACAUAGAUGAAUCUAUAUCAACUUGCAGAUUUGCACAGCGAGUUGCCCUUAUAAAGAAUGAAGCAGUUCUCAAUGAAGAAAUUGACCCCAGACUGAUGAUUGCACGACUGAAAAAGGAAAUCCAGGAUCUAAAAGAUGAGCUGGCCAUGGUGACUGGGGAACAAAGACUAGAAGAACUCACGGAAGAAGAGCUACUUCAGAUAGGUGAACAGAUUAAAAGUUUCUUGGAAGAUACCGACCCUGAGAGCAUGUUGGAGGUUGGAGCUGAUAUGCGGAAGAUCAGAUUCUGUUUCACCCAUUUAAAGAGACUGAUUAAUGAUCCAAAGCUUCCUGACAACCGUUUGCUUGAACCUGACAUUCCUGGAGACAGUAGCAGUAAUAGUUUAGUUGGGAAAGAAGAGUUAAAGAAGCUGAAGGAGCUUCUGCAGCAAAGAGACAAUGAAAUCAAUAUUUUGGUAAGUAUGUUAAAGAAAGAAAAAAAGAAAUUGCAAGAUGCCCUCCUUCAGCUCAAUGCUUCUUCAAAGGGUAUUCCGUCUUCAGAAAGUUCCCUUCUUUGGAAAAAUGUGGACAAUGAGCAGGUGUUUUCUGUCAUUUUGGAACCUAAAUCUGGGUUUCUUCCCAGGAUCACAGGAGUGGGAGGAGAAAUGUCGCUAGGACGCCAAGAAGCUUUUGAAAUUUUCAAGAAUGAUUAUGCUGAUAGCAUAACCAUUGAAGACAAUAAGCAGCUUCUUAAACAAAGGUUUGCUGAAGCAAAAUCUCUGGGCGAAAGAGUAAACGAAACAAGGAACAAAAUCAGCUCCCUGCUGAGGCUUGGCCAUGUACUCCUAUGUUUGCUGUCAGACCAUCUGAAAGGAGAGAUAACCCAGCUGCACAUGCAAAGAGCAGUUCAGGCUGUUGUCAGUCCUCAUGAAAUGAAUGAACCUGAUCCAGUAGAAGAAGCGUUUCGGGCACAAAUGGAAGAGGAGAAGAAAAGGUAUAAAACAAUGUUUAAUCGCUUGAAAGGGCUGAAGAUAGAGAUUGAACACUUGCAGCUUCUUAUGGAAAAAGCAAAGGUGAAAUUGCAGAGAGACUUUGAAGUCUGGUGGUCUGAGGAGGCAACACAUUUGGAGGAAGAAAAGCCACCUUUGCUUAAUCCAGUCAGUGUCUUAAAGACUGCUCCCUUGUUUCCUGAAGCCCAGACACAUCCAUGUGGUAACCGGAAAUGGCACUCAUUCUCUAAAUGCCUGCCUACAGGCAGUAAUGGGCUGAAUGAGGGAGAACAAAUUGAAGCUGAAUCGAAGCAAGACGGAGGUGCUCAUUGUGGGGGCUCAGAAUCUGAGGGAGUUCCCAACAACAGCCGAGCCAGCUUCACUGAAGAAGCUCCUGUAAAAUGUAGUGUGAGCAGCCUCAGCCAUUCGGCUUCAAAACCAAGGAUUUCACCAGCUCCAAGUUCAUCCAUCCCCUUUACAGGAGACCAUCAAACUGAUGCUGACAUUCUAGCUUUCAUUAGAGCCAGACAGAAGCUGCUACACAAGAAAGGUCUAGGAAACAAGUGAACUUUCUCUUACUCAGCAAUCUCAGAAUCAAAAGAAGCGGUGUGGAGCAACCAUAACACCAGAACAAAUUAACCUUUGACCUUCAGCUGAAUUGGUGGGGGGGCGGGUGCCAUUCCUGAAAGGGAGGGGGAACACUCAACAACUGUCUUCCUUUUGCUAUUGCAAGGGAACUACAAAACCAAAACAAUGGGAGAGUAAGCUCUAGUAUACACUUAUUGGAAAUUUAAUGGACGUUUUAUGUGGCUUGUUAAUGUUGUGACUAUUUAGCACUUUCAAAAAACAUUUUUUCAUACCUACUAGAAGCAGAAGAAUUCUUUGGAAGGGAGAGGUUUCCUUUUUCAUCUUCAAUGGAAUUCUUGCCUAAUGCCCAGCAGGUUGAACUUGCACUUCCUUUGUGCAACAUUUUCUUGGCUUUGGUUUGUGUUGGCUCAGUAGCACUGUGCAAAAACAGCAAAUAUUUUUGUCCCAUAUAAUUUCAUUUAGAGCUGUUAGUUAGUGCCAGCAGACCUUUUUCAAAGAAUGGUGAAAAGCCAGUGUUUAUAUAUUUGCAGAUCAUGCGUUACAAUGCAAAAUCUGAUCUCCACCAUGAAAUGAAAUUUCAUUGCUCAAUGUUUACACUUAGGGUGUCAGUUAAACUAGUCCAUAGAGCGUUGGCUUUUCAAUUGGCACUAGACUUUUCCUUAUGUUUAACAGCGGCAUUAUUUUUCCAGAUCUACUGUUUCUUUUUCUCUGUAAAAAAAAUGUCUGUGGCUGCCUUUGGGAUGCUGGCAUCUUGCAUCUACUUCCCUUCUGUUAAUGGACAUAAUGUACGGGAACUUCUGUGUUUGAAAAAUCAGUUUCUGUUCAGGGCCUCAUUUGAUUAAUGACUGCCACAUUAAAGAAAAUCAUAUUUUAUUAAAUGCAGCACCCACUAAUAAAAUAAUGGCACUCAUAGCAUACUCUGGAAGUGAAUCUGAGUAUAAAAGAAAACUGUAAUGCAACAUUUCUCUUCAUUUGAUCAGUAAAAUACACACAGUCUAAAAACUAGUGAGAAAAGAGCCUUGCCUCAGAAGUUCUCAAAAAUUGUCGCAAUGGGCCUCCCAAGUGUGUUUGCAGGUAUCUAGUUUGAAUAUUUUUGGGAGUGACUAAAGUGAAGACAGUCUCAGACAGAGGGAGAGAGAUAAAAGGGAAAAGGAACAACUGAAGGGUGAGUGAGAUCCACUGAAGGGAUAGUGACACAUUACUGUAUCUGUAAGUGCAUGUAUUAGAGCCAUGACACCAGGUGUUUUUGUUUGUUUGUUUGAAAAGCAGGUUAGGGAGGGGAAAUUUUGAGCACAGAAGCAAUAUGUGUGUGGGCAGAGGGGAAGGGUGCUUAACCCGAUCCCUGCCUACAGGUUCUCAGUUCCAAAUUAUCUGUCCUCUUCCAUGGCAUCCACAGCUGUUUGACUUCGUAUUGGUAAUAAAAUCAGAUUCUGUUAAAUGCCAAGAGUAAAUUAAAAAGUCAGCUAUUAGCUAAAAAUAGUGCCAGAGGGUGCUUGCAAUGGGUAAGGCAUUCCAAAGGUAAAAUGCCACAACUAAGAAAGCAUUACAGUUGGCAAAGAGGCAAACCACUUGAGGCCUCACCUCGUUAAGCUUGAGGAUCAUGGGAACAAAAGGCCUCUUGUACCUUCCUCCGAUUUCCUUCAAUACUUAUGUUGCCUUGAUGCCCCGAUCUCUCAUUUAGGGCCAGCUUUUGAGCCACACAAAAAACAAAUCACAGAAUUCACUGGCCCUUCCCAUUAGUCCAGAGCCUUCUAAUAUCAGUAGUAACAUUGGAAGUAACACUGGAAACACAGGAAACAAAAGGUAGGAAUAAAUGGACAGUUUUCACAAUGGAGGGAAGAAGAGGGGUCUCUCAAGGAUCUGUACUGGGACCAGUGCUCUUUAACUUGUUCAUAAAUGAUGUAGAAGAUCUCCCAACCGUCUGACCCCAGGGAGCUCUGAGAAUACUCCCUCUAGGAUUAGGGUGCUGCUGCUGAAUGCCAGGUCAGUCAAUGCUAAAACAGCUCUCAUCCACGUGAUUGUGGAUGAGUGUGCUGACCUGGUAUGUGUGACGGAGACCUGGUUGGAUGGGCUGGGCGGGGUUGGUCUCUCUCAGCUCUGUCCUCCAGGUUUCCAGAUCGUUCAGCAGCCCGCCUCAAGGGUCAAGGAGGAGGCGUUGCAGUCAUCUUUCGAGAGACCCUCCCAGUUUCUAGCUGCCCAGUCAGGCAAUCUCAGAAUUUCGAGUGUUUGUCCUUGAGGGUGGGCCUCCGAGACAGGCUGGGGAUUCGGCUGGUGUGCUGACCACCACGCUGCACUUCAGUCUCCCUACCUGAGCUGGUGGGGGUGGUCUCGGAGGUGGCCUUGGGUUCCCCCAAGCUUAUUGUUUUGGGGGAUUUCAAUGUCCACACUAAGGCCUCCCUAGUGGGUGCGGCUCAGGAUUUCAUGGCCUCCAUGGCAAACAUAGGCCUGUCUCAGUUGGUAUUGGGUCCUACCCACAUGGCAGGACAUACUCUGGAUCUGGUUUUUGCCAAACAGGGAAUAAAUGGUCUGGAGAUGGGGGAAUUUGAGACAACUCCCUUGUCACGGACAGCUCAUCAUCUGGUGGGGUUUAGUUUGACUGCUCCGUCUGCCCUCUGCAGGGGUGGUGGACCGAUUAGGAUGGUCCGCCCCCGGAGGCUUAGGGAUCCGCUUGGAUUCCAGACAGCCCUUGGGGAGUUUCCAGUGUCCAGAGCUGGUGACCCUGUCGAGGCCUUGGUUGAUCUCUGGACUGGAGAGAUGGCCUGGGCUGUUGACAUGGUUGCUCCUAAACGCCCUCUCCAGCUUGGUGGAGCCCGAUCUGCUCCUUGUUUUUCCUCAGAGCUUAGGACGAUGAAACAACUCGGGCAAUGGCUGGAAUGAUGCUGGAGGAAGAGUCAUGACGAAUCUGACUGAACACGGGCUACAGCCCAUUUUAGGGACUACUCCAUGGCGGUGGGGAUGGUGAAGAAAUGCUUUUUCUCUGCCUCCAUUGCAUCUGCUCAGUACAGACCGGCAGAGCUGUUCAGUGUAGCAAAGACACUGCUGCUCACAUCGCCCCCAGGUAAUGGGGAAGGAAUCAUCUACAGCCCGCUGUGAUCAGUUUGCAUGUCACUUGACUAAUAAAAGCUGCCAGGGAUGGUACAGGUAGAUGGUUGGAGGUGAUUAUUAAUGCCUCAUUAAGAGAAGGCAGAUGCCAUUGUGCCUCAAGGAGGUGGUGGUAAGACCAUUAUUGAAAAAGCUCUCCCUUGAUCCCUCCAACCUGGACAACUAUAGACUGGUCUCACACCUGCCCUUUCUGGGCGAGGUGAUAGAGCGUGUGGUGGCGUCCCAGCUGCAGAGGGUCUUGGAUGAUACGGAUUAUCUAGACCCUUUUCAAUCUGGCUUCCGCCCCGGAUAAAGGACUGAGACUGCCUUGGUCGCUCUAGUGGAUGACCUACACCGAGAACUAGACAAGGGGAGUGCGUCCCUGUUGGUUCUGCUGGACCUCUCGGCGGCUUUCGAUACCAUCAACCAUGGUAUCCUUCUGGGCCACCUCUCGAGUAUAGAGAUUGGAGACACUGCUUUGAAAGAAAGGCUCCAGUCCUUUCUUGGGGGGAGAGUCCAGAAGGCGCUGCUGGGGGACUAAUGCUCGGCUCCGUGGCCAUUGGCCUGUGGGGUCCCGCAGGGUUUGGUCUUGUCCCCCAUGCUGUUUAACAUCUACAUGAAACUGAUUGGGAGAGGUCAUCUGGUAAUUGGACUGAGUUGGCAGCAAUAUGCAGAUGACACUCAGCUCUAUCUCUCCUUGUCACCUGAUCCUAGGGAGGCAGUGGAUGUCCUGAAUCGGGGGCUGGAGGCCGUGAUGGGUUGGAUGUGGGCUAAUAAACUGAAAUAGAAUCCAGACAAGAGGGAAGUAAUGUUGGUCAGUAGGAGAGCCAAUCGGGAUGAGGAGGUUUUACCGGUUCUGGAUGGGGUUGCACACCCCUUGAAGGAGCAAGUAUGCAGCUUGGGGGUACUACUGGACCCAGCUCUUCUUUUAGAAGCUCAGGUGGAGGCGAUGGCCAGUGGUGCCUUUGCACGGCUUCGGCUAGUGCAUCAGCUGCAUCCCUUUCUUUAGAAGGCAGAUCUGGCCACAGUUACCCAUGCCUUAGUCAUGUCACGACUAGAUUACUGUAACACGCUCUACAUAGGGCUGCUCUUGAAGAAUAUCUGGAAACUACAGCUAGUGCAAAACACAGCAGCUAGGGUUUUAUCUGCAGCUGCCCGGUGGGAGCACAUCACACCCAUUCUGGAAGAGUUGCACUGGCUGCUGGUUCGUUUCUGGGUCCAAUUCAAGGUGCUGGUUUUGACCUUUAAAGCCAUUAACAGUUUGGGCCCUGGAUACCUGAGGGACCGCCUGCUCCCAAGGGUUGCUGCCCACUUGAUGAGGUCAUCUGAUGGGGCUCUGCUCUGGGUGCCGACUAUGUGGGAGGCUAAAUUGUCGUGCACUCGGAAAAGGGCCUUCUCUGUUGCUGCCCCCAGACUCUGGAAUGCUCUCCCAGUGGCCAUUCGCUCCUCGGACUCCAUCACAGCUUUUAGAAAGCAUGUCAAAUUAUGGCUUUUUACCCAGGCUUUUAUAUGAUUGUUUCCACUGCUGCUGCUUGUAUUUUGUACUGUUUUUAUGCUUGUGUUUUAAUUUUCUUUUUAAAAAAUCAGAUUUGUUCAUAUAUAAGCUCAAUGUUUUAAUGUAUCUUUUUUAAAAAAUCUUGUUUUAAAUUUUAUUGUGAGCUGCCUUGGGAUUUUCGUAAUGAAAGGCGGGGUACAAAUUUAACAAUAAAUAAAUAAAAUAAAAAAUCUAGAAGUUGGGGUAAGCAGCAAAGUGGCCAUAUUUGCAGAUGACACUAAACUGUUCAGAGUUGUGAAAUCCAAGACAGAUUGUUAGGCACUCCAAACACUGGGGGGAGUGGGUGUCAAAAUGGCAAAUGCGGUUCAAAGUAAUCAAGUGUAAAGUGAUACAUAUUGGGGCAAAAAUACCCAACUUCACAUAUACGCUGAUGGGAUCUGAGUUUUCAGUGACUGACCAAGAGCGAUACCUUGUAGUCAUGGUGGACAGCUCAUUGAAAGUGUCAACUCAGUGUGCAGCAGUUGUGGAAGAGGCAAAUUCCAUGCUAGGGAUCAUUAGGAAGGGGGUUGAAAAUAAAAAUGCUAGCAUUAUAAUGCCCUUAUACAAAUAUAUGGUGCAGCCAUAUUUGUAGUACUGUGUUCAGUUCUGGUCACCAUAUCUUAAGAAGGACAUUGUAGAACUGUAAAAGGUACAGAAGGGGCAACCAAGAUGAUCAGGGUCCUGGAACAGCUUCCUUAUGAGACAAGCAUCUGCAGCAUCUGCGACUCUUUAGUUUGGAAAAUAGGCGACUACGGGGUGACAUGAUAGAAGUGUAUAAAAUUAUGCAUGGAGUAGAGAGAGUAAACAGAGAGAAAAAAUUAUCCCUCUUUCACAACACUAGCGGUCAUCCCAUGAAACUGAAGGCUGGGAAAUUUAGGACCAACAAAAGGAUGUACUUCUUCAUACAGUGCAUAAUUAACUUAUGGAAUUCUCUGCCACAGGAUAUGGUGAUGACCACUAGUUUGGAUGGCUUCAAAAGGGGCUUAGACAAAGUCAUGGAGGACAAGUCUAUCAAUGGCUAUUAGUCUGGUUGUUAUAGGCCACCUCCAGCCUCACAGGCAAGAUGCUGCUAAACAUCAGAUGCAAGGGAGCAACAGCAGGAGAGGGGGCAAGCCCUCACCCCCUGCCUCUGGGCUUCUCGGAGGCAUCUGGUGGGCCACUGUGUGAAACAGGAUGCUUGACUAGAUGGGCCUUGAGACUGAUCCAGCAGGGCUGUUAUUAACACUAGCCAUCUAUUGGUUACAAAAUCACCUGGGGGAGAGGUCAGCUACAGUGUUUGAUUCUGAGUAGAACACUCACUACAGUGGCUAGCCCCCAUAAGGAGUAAACUGAACAGUUUACUGUCAUCCAUACUAAACUGGUUGGAGAUUAGACCAGCACAUCAUCUCCUAGCCCAAUCAAGAUUGUACAAACACAAAUAAAUGUUAGAUUUAAAAAUGUAAAUGUAGUAUGACAGAAUGCAACAUGUAUAUUUCUAUGUUGCUGCCUAUCAGGUUCAUAAAAAACUUUCUAUGAA